UGACAAUUUGAAUUUCUGUUGAUUUCUGUGAACAAAUUAACUGAAAGUGGAAUUUGUAUUUAUAAAAUUAUGUUUUCGUGACGAUUCCAUUAAAAAUACUAUCAACAGAAAUAUAAUGGACGAUAUAAUGACAUUCAAGAACAAGCAUAUGGAAGUUACGGAUUCGCAGAUGAAAGAGUUGUCACAAAAGAAAAUACUGUUAAUGAAUCAUAUUAAAAACAAACAAGAUGAACAUUGCACUGAAGAUGAAAUGAAGAUCCAGGAAUUAAUGUCGAAAGUAACCUCUAUGAAGGAAUGUCUUCAAUCGGAGAAGCAAACGUUGGAGCAUAAAGAUCAUGACUUAUCUAAACAUUCAGAUUUAAUAGCAGAGUUAGAAGCUGAAAAGAAUAAAUUUUUAGAGGAGAAUCAUGCCUUAGAAUUGCAGAGAAACAAACUUAAGGCCUGCAAACGAAACUUGCAUGAUCAAGAAUUGUUGGACCAAGGCAGGAAGAAAUAUAAUUUGUACAAGGAACUAACUAGGAUAAGAUGGGAUUAUGAAGGUCUUAAAGAAAAUGUGAAAGGAUAUGUAUCAAAUGGAGUGGAUUACAUUAAUCACUUUUCAUAUAAAAAGGACAACAGUAAUUUAACUAAUCUCUUGUGGCAGGAAAUAUACAACUCUACAGUUCAUGCAAAGAAUAAAGAUGCUUGUAAUAAGGAAAAUCUAAUACAAAAUGAAUAAAUA